AUGCCGGUGGUGGGCGUGCCGAGAGACGAGUUGUUCGCGCGUCUGGGGCGAACUUACACCCAAGAAGAGUUCGAAGAGCUGUGCUUCGAGUACGGCGUCGAGCUCGAUGACGUGACUUCGGAGCAGCAGAUGCAGCGCAAGGAGUUUGGCGACAAGGACGCCGGCAUCGGCGAGGACGAGGAGAUCAUCUACCGCAUCGACAUCCCCGCCAACCGCUACGACAUGCUGUGCACGGAGGGCAUCGCGCGCGCGCUGAACGUGUUCCUCGGGCGGCAGGCGGCCCCCACGUACACGGUGGCGCCGGCGGGCCCCGACCCGGAGCUGCGCAUGGUGGUGCGGCCCGAGGUGGCCAUGGUGCGGCCCUUCGUGGUGUGCGCGGUGCUGCGCGGCGUGAAGUUCGACAAGGUGCGGUACAACAGCUUCAUCGACCUGCAGGACAAGCUGCACCAGAACCUGUGCCGGCAGCGGUCGCUGGUGGCCAUCGGGACGCACGACCUGGACAAGGUGCGCGGGCCGUUCACGUACGAGGCGCUCCCGCCGGAGCAGAUCCGGUUCACGCCGCUGAAGCAGGAGCGCGAGUUCGGGGCGCGCGAGCUGCUCGCGCACUACGAGGAGCACGACCAGAAGCUCCGGAAGUACGUGCCCAUCAUCAAGGACUCGCUGGUGUACCCGGUCAUCCUGGACGCGGACCGGACGGUGCUGUCGCUCCCGCCCAUCAUCAACGGCGCGCGGUCGGCGAUCUCGCUCGACACGACGAACGUCUUCGUCGAGUGCACGGCCACGGACCUGCACAAGGCGCGCAUGGUGCUCAACACCGUGUGCUGCAUGUUCUCCGAGUACUGCGCGCGGCCGUACGAGGUCGAGCCCGUCGAGGUCGUCGACCCGUUCGGGUCCGCCGCCGCCACGCCGGACCUCGCCUCGCACGCGUUCAACGUCAGCACGCAGGGCAUCACCAGCCUCGUCGGCGUGGGCCUGCCCGGGACGGAGAUCGCCGCGCUGCUGCAGAAGAUGCAGCUCCGGUGCACGCCCGCGGGGCCCGACCGCGUCCGCGUCGAGGUGCCCCCCACGCGCACCGACAUCCUGCACGAGGUCGACAUCGCCGAGGACGUGGCCAUCGCCUACGGGUACAACAACGUGGCCGUCAGCACGCCCGGGGUGGUCACCGUCGGCCGCGAGCUCCCCGUGAACCACCUGACGGAGCUCCUGCGCGCCGAGGUCGCCAUGGCCGGGUACACGGAGAUUCUGACCUGGGCGCUGUGCUCGCGGCAAGAGAACUUCGCGGCGCUGCGGAAGGCCGACGACGGCGCGACCGCGGUCGAGAUCGGCAACCCCGCGACCGCGGAGUUCGAGGUCGUCCGCACGGCGCUGCUCCCCGCCGCGCUGAAGACGCUGGGCGCCAACACGGACGCCCCGCUGCCCAUCAAGCUGUUCGAGGUCUCCGACGUCGUGACGCUCACGGACGCGCUGCCCGUGGGCGCCCAGAACCGCCGGCACGUCGUCGCGGUGUUCUGCGGCCGCGAGGCGGGCUUCGAGGCCAUCCACGGCCUCCUGAACCGCAUCUUCGACGUGCUGGGCGUCCCGCACGAGAGCAUGGGCGCCGGGCCGGCCAAGGGCGGGAACCCGGUCGCGGGGAGGUACGGGUGGAAGGAGGCGCCGGGGUCGCUCGCGGACAAGCCCGGGCCGUUCUUCCCGGGGCGGCACGCGACGGUGCACUUCAACGGGCGCGACAUGGGGGAGUUCGGGGUCAUCCACCCGGAGACGCUCGCGGCGUUCGACAUCACCGUGCCCGUGAGCGCGCUGGAGCUCGACCUGGAGGUGCUCAGCGAAAGCUGA